AUGAGUCGUGAGAUCUUCCUGCGUAUGAAGAACUAUGCCAUGUACUCGAUCGCCAUGACGGUGCGUAUCGUGUUCACGUUCGGUAUCCUGACGGUGGCGUGGAACUGGUACUUCCCUCCGAUUCUUGUUGUGAUCCUGGCCAUCCUGAACGACGGUACGAUCCUGACGAUCUCGAAGGACAACGUGGUUGCGUCGCCCCACCCGGACUCGUGGAAGCUGAAGGAGGUGUUCAUUUCGUCGAUCUCGUUCGGUCUGUGGUUGACUCUGUCUACGAUUGUGCUGUUCGCGAUCGUGAACAACUCGAGUGGUUUCGAGAGCACUGGUGUAGAGAACCUGUGCGUGGGCUGCAUGAAGGAUGAGUGCCACGACUUCUUCCAGGGCCAGUACCAGACGUGCGUGAUGGAGAACAACGCGACUGGCUGUGGUGAGAUGACGGGUAGCGUGCCCCAGGCUGCUAGCGUGUCGGACGUGGGUGCUUUCCGUGAGAGCGCCAUCAACGCGUACUGGACACAGUACCAGGAGAAGUACGACUCGCGCUCGAAGCUGUUCGAGGACCUUGCGGACGUGCACCUCAACUGGCUGCCGAACGACGCGAAGCCGUCGGCUGAGACUGCGUACAACCAGUUCGUGUACUCGUACACUCUGGGUGUUGGCGGUGAGGCGUACGAGGGCGACUACGAUGUGUUCAACGCUGCUCAGCUGGGCAAGGGUGUGACGUUCAUCGGUAACGACGAGGUGCCCAUCACGAACGAGGUGAGCUUCUGCGACUACGUGUGGGGAUUCAGCAACUGGAACUCGACGUGGACUCGCGACAAUGAGAUGAUCGGCCCUGGCAUCCAGCGCAAGGAGGGUGUGCUCCGUUCGCUGGUGUACCUGCAGGUGUCUAUCUCCGGCCAGGCUCUGAUCUUCGUGACGCGUACGGCCGGCAGCAACAACUGGUUCUUCGCUGAGAAGCCGUGCAACCUGCUGCUGAUCGCCUUCGUGUUUGCCCAGGUGGUUGCUUCGGUGAUCGGCUGGAUUGGUUUCGGUGGUUACCCGACGGACCGUAUUGCCGUGAUCGGCUGCGGCGGCGGCUACACUCUGAUUGCGUGGCUGUGGGCCAUCGUGUGGCAGUUCCCGCUCGACCUGAUCAAGUUCACGGUCAACUACAUCUUGACGAAGAACACGUACGCGAGCAAGGCGUUCACGGAGCGCAUCAACGCGGGCCACCCGACGAUGACGCACUCUGUGGUGACGAACACGCAGCGCUCGAUCCGCGCCAGCCGCACUGUGUAA